ACUCGUGCGGCAAUACGUUAUAGCGGGCUGAACAGCUGAUGCACCACCGACAACACCGGCGAAAUGUCAAAACCCGGGCAAUUUAUUCUACGCGUACAGUCCUCAGAAGGAACAAAACGUAUAGAAGUACUACCUUCUGAUACACUUUCUCAACUGUAUGAAAAGGUGUACGAAGCUUUUGAUUUAAAUAGUUUUGGAUUUAAUCUCUGUAAGCAACGAAAUCAGAAUGAGCUGCUUACAUCUACUCGAAGUAGAACAGUGUCAGGAGCUGGUCUUUCUCAUGGAGAUAUGCUGUAUCUUGCGCCAGCCAAUGACACUCAGCUAUGGAGUGCUCCAUCGACCAGCAGUGCCUCCAACACUACUUCAGAAGCAGCGCCAAUGGACACCACAAAUGGAUUUACAAAUCGUACACCUAUUCUCUCACGAUCUCUGCCAAGUGUAGUCGAGGAUGACGUCGACGAGCAAUUAUGGAAACUGGAUGGGAAAAUACAACGUAAACGUGAUGAAAAACUCUGUCGGCAUGGAGCGAGAGGAUGCUGCGUGCACUGUUCUCCUCUCGAGCCUUUUGAUGAAAUUUACCUAAAAGAACAAAAUAUCAAGCAUCUGUCCUUUCAUUCAUAUCUCAGGAAGCUCACUGCCGGAGUUGAUAGGGGCAAGUUUAUACAAUUAGACGACAUAAGCUGCCGUAUAAAGACUGGCUGCAAGGACCAUCCGCCGUGGCCGCGAGGAAUCUGCAGCAAGUGCCAACCGAACUCGAUCACUCUGAAUCGCCAGACUUAUCGGCACGUGGACAACAUCGUGUUCGAAAAUGCUAGUUUAGUAGAACGUUUUCUUAAUUACUGGCGUAGCACCGGGCACCAGCGUAUCGGCUAUCUGUACGGAAGAUACGAAGUACACUCGGAUGUCCCGCUAGGAAUUAGAGCCGUCGUUACGGCUAUAUACGAACCACCGCAGGAAAGUACAAAAGACACAAUAAGACUUCUGCCGGACGAGAGGGAAGCGUUAGUCGAGGAAUUAGGCCGGACACUUAAUCUGAGGAGAGUCGGAUGGAUUUUCACUGAUCUCAUAGCCGACGAUGUUAAAAAGGGAACGGUCAAGCAUGUUCGCAAUAUAGAAAGCCAUUUCCUAUCUGCUCAAGAGUGCAUAAUGGCUGGGUAUUUUCAAAACCGAUACCCAAACCCCUGCCGUUUCUCGCCUAAUGGUUUUUUUGGCUCAAAAAGUAUAACCGUUUGCGUCACAGGUGAUGAUAAAAAUCAAGUACACAUGGAGGGUUAUCAAGUAUCUAAUCAGUGCAUGGCGUUGGUACGAGACGGCUGUUUGGUUCCUACGAAAGACGCACCGGAAUUGGGCUACGUAAUUGAGUCGACCGACAAGCAAUACGUUCCGGAUGUCUUCUACAAGGAGAAAGACACGUAUGGAAACGAAGUAACAAGACUAGCAAGACCUUUGCCAGUAGAAUACUUAUUGGUAGAUGUACCUGCAUCUACACCACUCACUCCCCAGUUUACUUUUUUCACGGAUGAUAACAUCACUCCAUUUCCAGUUGAGAACAGACAAGUCGAUGGACAAGUCCAGGAGUUCAAUGCAUUAUGCACUUACAUGCAACAAUUCAGUGCUGAUCAAUUCAUGGAGGCAACUUCUGAUUUUCAUUUACUACUCUUUAUUGCCACCAUGGACAUGUAUCCGAUGAAGGAUCACAUGUUACCGUUGCUCGAAGCUAUUCGCGCCAAGGACAAGCGGAAAGCAUUGGAAUGGGCGCAAUCUGAGCACUGGGCGACGGUGGAGCAGCUGAUAUCCGCGGCCUCUACAUCAUCACGUCCUUCGCAAACCAUGUCCUUCGGUAGUAACUCAAGGACGUCAUCUUCUGCAACAACGGAAAGAAGCGGAGGCAUAGGCGUCGGUGCAGAGCCGAUCGCGAAUCCGUCUCCUGAUCAAGCUCUCUGGACUUGUUCUCACUGCACUUUUCUGAAUGCUGCAGACUUAGCAGUUUGCGAGAUGUGCAAUCUGCCAAGGUACUCAUAAUAAAUUGUCAAAAGCGUUAAUGAUGAAUUCCACGUGCGUUUAAAGGGUGCUGUCUUUAAAUCUACUAUUUCGCUUCCGCAGGAUUUGACACGUACACAUCCUCGCGGACAUAACAAUUGUUUUCUACGCAUCUUUGGCCUUAUUUAUGAGUGAAUAAAAAAAAGAAACAACGCCGAA